AUGUCCAAUUUGGAGAUCAAGUAUGGUCUUGUCACCGGUAGUACCUCGGCGGCGGGAUCAGUAGUGGACGGCGAAGGACGCAUUUGCGGCUAUCACCCAAAAGUCGAAAAGAAACCGUACCUCAUGUACUUGAAAUUGCAGGACUGUUUCAGCAAGACAAACGACGAUUGCAUGAAGCAAACUGCUUGCGUUGAGAAAUGUCCGAAGGAGAAUUUUUAUUUCCCCAACGAAAAGGGGAAACCGAUCGACGAAAUCCGGAAAAAGUUGAUUUGCAAGGCUGACGUAGACGUGGCGUCCAUUAAAAACGCCGAACAAAUCAGCAGUUUGCUGUCACGUAACAAAUGUGCCGAGUGGUACUUGGCCAGCGAACCCAUAAACCACGAAUGCAUCGCCAAGGAGGCUUGGGAAGGAAGCGAGCAUUACACUAUCGAUGACAUGCAAUUGAAACAAGUUAACACGACUCUUCUCGGCCAUUGGCACUUUUUGGAGAACGCGCUCGAAGAAUACGACAAAAUUUUAACACCGGUGCUCCUGGCUAUAUUUUUCAGUGGAAUAUUGACUCUUGCAUCGGUAUAUUUGUUGAAACUGUACGCCGUAAUUUUCUUGUACUCGGUAUUGUCUCUGCUCUUCCUGGCCGGGGUCGUAGCGGUUAGCAUUCUCUUAAGAGCUUACGCCACGGACCAAAGCAUAGAAGCUUUCCUGGCCAUCAUUUUUAUCCUUACGAUACUGGUGUUAUCCACCAUGAUAGUUAUACGUUACCGUAAGAACGUCAACAUGGGCUGUCAGUUGAUCAAGGAGACAAGCAAAGCUGUGCUGAACCUACCGAUAACGUUACUUUUUCCAUUGCUUUCUUUCGCGUUGAACAUCGCUAUAAUAACGUGCAACAUAAUAGUGAUUGCUACCUUGAUAACGAUAUCCUCGCCGGUUUACCGGAUCGAGCAUCUACCGAAUUACGAAGCCGAGCAGUGCAAAUGCGAGGGUUACCCCGACUCGCUGAGCGUCGAUGCACUGUGCGACCCCGAUGUUUUCAACAGCAAGUGCAAAACCCCGAGUGGAGACGCCUGCUUGCUCAAGCAGUGCUUUCUCCAAGAGAGAUUCAUUCCUGGCCACAUUAAAUUUUUUUUCGUAAUCAACUUGUUUGGCUUUUACUGGGUAAUGUUUUACGUCGAUGGCUUCCAAAAGGUGGUUCUCGGAGGUACAUUUGCAUCUUGGUACUGGACGUUUAACAAAAAAAUGGUCAAAAACUCGUUUUUGUUUGGAAGCAUAUUCAGGACAGUGAGGUACCACAUGGGAUCGAUAGCCAUGGGUUCCCUGUGUAUAACAAUCGCGGAGUCAAUCAGCCAGUUAUUGAACUGUCAACCGCCAAAGUGGAAAUUUUGCGCCAGUAUCUGGAAUUUCAUCGAGACAGUGUUGAUUUUCUUUAAUGACAAUGCAUACUACAUGUGCGCCAUACACGGGAAAAGUUUUUUUAAAUCGGCAAAGAGCGCCUUUCAACUGUUAACGAGGAAUUUCGUGAAUAUCGUUAUUAUGAAUACGGUUGUUGCACUUAUACUCCUUAUGGUCGCCACUGUGAUAAUGAUGACAUCAGCGCUCAGUGUGGGCAUCUACGUAGCCAAUGCUUAUCCUAGUCCAGACAGUUUUGGACUGGUUAUGGUUGCUGUGAUCAUAACCGUGGUCACCUCGAUGUUUUUGGUAAUUUUAUUAAUGUCGGUGUACAAAAUUGCCACCAGCACUUUUUUUUUGUGUUUAUUUGAAGACUUGGAACGAAACGAUGGGUCUCAAAGCAGGCCUUACUACAUGAGUAUUCGGUUGAGAGAGUUGUUGAACGAGCAAAGGAGGUAG